AAUAGCUAUAUUAACGAGUUGUUAAAUUUAUAUAAUGUUUCAUGCAAGUAGUUUUGAUACAUAGGUGCUCCUGCUGUUACAAAUUGGAAGUACAAACUUCCAUGGUUAUUGACCCUUAUUUAAUGAACCGUGGUUGGAAGCAUGACUAUAAUUGGCGUUUGAACGGCAGUGAAAUAACAGUGUGAUAGGUGAAAGGAGUUGUAAUUUUGUAAAUACUGUAUAGAAUAGAGUGGUAGAAGGCUCACUAAAUAUCAAGAACGCUACAUGUUUAAAAUUUUAUCUAGGGUGUUUAUACAAGUAUUCGACUGAAGUAUAUUUUUGACAUAACCUUACAUUUAACCAUAAUUGAAGCAAAAAUGGCUGGUUUUGCCGUAAAAUUGAUGACCAAAUCAGGCCAGAUUGUAGUUAAGGGUUUAACACCUAGAGAUACUGUAUCCGAAUUGAAACAUAGACUUUCAUCUCUUACAAAUAUAAAAGAAAGUUCCCUUCAUGUUCUGUGUGGUUAUCCUCCCCAACCACUAGAUUUAUCAGAGAGUGAAGCUACUUUAGAGUCUCGAAGAAUCUGUUCUGGCGAUACACUUAUUGUGGAAGAAAAGCAGCAAAAUAUUGUAAAUUCUGAACAGAAAAUUUCAAGAGUAGAAGAACCAAGACCUCACAUAGUAGACAGUAAACUGGGUUGCCCAGGAAUACUCUUGAGGAUGAUUGUACCGGCUGACAAUUCUUGCCUUUUUACAAGUAUUGGUUUUGUUCUAAGUGGGAAAGUAGACGUGACUAAUGCUCCAUAUAUGCGUCAUAUCAUUGCUGAGUCAGUCUCCAAUGACCCUGAAAAUUACUCCGAAGCAAUACUUGGAAAACCAAAUCGUGAAUACUGCCAGUGGAUACUGAAGCCUGAUUCAUGGGGUGGUGCAAUAGAGUUGGCUGUGCUGUCUAAUUUCUAUGGCUUAGAGAUUGCGGUUGUGGACACACUGAAUGCCAUUAUCAAUAGAUUUGGGGAAGAUCAACAUUUUGCACAGAGGGUAUUCCUUAUGUUUGAUGGUAUUCACUAUGACCCUCUCUAUCUUGAGCCAUUUGAGGGAAACAGCAUACAAACUAUGUUCCUAACAGCCGAUGAGGAAGUUCUUCACCAAGCUCAAGAAUUGGCACAUGAAGCUAAGGCAAGCAAGCAGUACACAGAUGUGGAUGGCUUUAGUCUUAAGUGUCUUCAGUGCCAAAUAUUUCUUAAAGGACAAAUUCAAGCACAGGAACAUGCAAAGAGUACGGGGCAUAUGAAUUUUGGGGAGGUUGCAUAGUAAAACCAUGAUCCUUUCAGAUGGGUACAUUGUUACAUAAACUGUUAUCGUGUUGAUUCAGUCAAAUCUCCACAAACAACCACAUUUGAACUUUCAUACUUAUAUUCAGAAAGUAUUCCAAAGAAAUUUCCAUUCUUUCAGUCAAGUCUACAUUUGUGGUUUCAUAUAUUUGUAACUUUUAAUCCAAAAAAUUUUAUCGAGCAGGUAUAUUUAAUAUGUAAGAAAUGCCAUUCAUUCUCAUCUUUCAGUAUAUGGAACACAGAUAUAAAGAAAAAUCACAAAAUGAAUGAGACCAGUUGCAAUUAACUAAUAAUUAGAUAUAAUCAUACAAAAAUGGGAGACUGUCAACGCUGGAAUAAUUAUACACUGUUUUCUGUGGUAAGAAGAUGAAACAAGACAUACACAGCCUUAGAUAUUUUUAUUUAUUUAUGGCUUAUUUAACAGCAGUGUCUAGAUUAUGUACCGACUUGCUUGGGAGGAACUGAGGAAAACCACUAAAUAUAUUUUCAUGUUCUGUUUGUAACAAAAAUAAUUUUCGUGUAAAGCAUGGGAGUGUACAGAAACAUGAUUACCAAUGCAGAUGUGACUAGCUGUUCUUAUUUACGUUUUCCUAUUCAGUAUCAUUUCCGUGACUGGGCAUUGCUAUUCACUAUUCACUAUUCACUUUAUUAUAUUUCAUAAGAUCUUUACAAGGUUGUGAGAACAACCAUCGGAUAUAGGAACAGUCAGAUAAAAAAUCAUUGCUUUACAAACAAGCAGAUUGUCAAAAUACAAACAGUAGAAAAUACGAAUAUACCGUAUUUACACAUGUAUAGGCCGCGUGCGUGUAUAGGCCGCAGCA